AUGAUGACCGUGACAACUGUGAAAGAGUCAAUGACACAUGAUACACAUCUUUUCCUUCUCUCUUCCGCUCCACUACCACCAGUCAUCGGCGGCGGCGGCCCCUCUGCUAGUGGUCGACCGGCACUACGGCAGCCAUCAUCGUUAGCGUGGCCCGCGACUUCGCAGGGCUAUCCACCGACCUGUCACCUCGCAAGCGCCGCGCAAAUGCAUAAGGACCUUGCGGCCUCUGGCAAAGACGUGGCCACAAACCUUCAAUUCUGUGUCUUGCGAGCCACAUUUAGCCGAAGCAUUGGCUCUCCGAGUCCUCGUCUUGUACCUGCCGCGACUACCCUGCUAAAACGAUGCCGACCCUCCAGGAAAUGGAAAGCGGCAGCCACCGAAUUCGUGGCCUGCUGGCCUGCUGUCACCCGCGCAUAG